AUGGAUCCGAUGGAUCGGAUGGAUCCGAAGGAUCGGAUGGAUCCGAAGGAUCGGAUGGAUCCGAUGGAUCGGAUGGAUCCGAAGGAUCGGAUGGAUCCGAAGGAUCGGAUGGAUCCGAAGGAUCGGAUGGAUCCGAUGGAUCGGAAGGAUCCGAUGGAUCGGAAGGAUCCGAUGGAUCGGAUGGAUCGGAUGGAUCCGAUGGAUCCGAUGGAUCGGAAGGAUCCGAUGGAUCGGAAGGAUCCGAUGGAUCCAAUGGAUCGGAAGGAUCCGAUGGAUCGGAAGGAUCCGAUGGAUCGGAUGGAUCCGAUGGAUCGGAUGGAUCCGAUGGAUCGGAAGGAUCCGAUGGAUCCAAUGGAUCGGAAGGAUCCGAUGGAUCGGAUGGAUCCGAAGGAUCGGAUGGAUCCAAUGGAUCCAAAGGAUCCAAUGGAUAAAUAG